CCACUGACUUGUAUUGAAACAUCAGAAAUAUACAUAGUAAAAUAUGUUGAGUAGAUCACUAACAGUAUCGGCUGUAAGUGUACCAGUCACAAGACUUUCUCCGGCUAUUUUAAGCUACGGAUUAAGAAGAUUUGGAGUUAAUAUUAGUAGUAAUAGAUAUUUUACUGGUGGACCAGGUAAUGGCAAUGGACUUAAUAAUUAUAUUCCUCCUUCAUUAAAUUUCUUUCAAAGAGAACAACUUCCUGCUAAUACCAUAGUAAGAUUUGUACCUCAACAAACUGCUUGGAUUGUAGAAAGAAUGGGGAAAUUUCAUCGUAUUUUACCUCCUGGUUUAACAUUUCUUAUUCCAUUUCUUGAUAAAGUUGCUUAUGUUCAAUCACUUAAAGAAUCAGCUAUUGAAAUCCCUAGUCAAAAUGCUAUAACUAGUGAUAAUGUAUCAUUAGAAUUAGAUGGUAUUUUAUAUAUUAAAGUUAUUGAUCCUUAUAAAGCAAGUUAUGGAGUUGAAGAUUUUAAAUUUGCUAUUAGUCAAUUAGCUCAAACAACUAUGAGAUCAGAAAUUGGAUCUAUGACAUUAGAUGCUGUAUUAAAGGAAAGACAAGCACUUAAUAUUAAUAUUAAUCAAGUUAUAAAUGAAGCUGCUAGAGAUAAUUGGGGUGUAGAAUGUCUUAGAUAUGAAAUAAGAGAUAUUCAUCCACCUCAAAAUGUAUUAGAUGCAAUGCAUAGACAAGUAUCAGCAGAAAGAUCUAAAAGAGCCGAAAUUUUAGAAUCUGAAGGUACAAGACAAUCAAAGAUUAAUAUUAGUGAAGGUGAAAAGCAAAGUAUAAUUUUAUCAUCCGAAGCUAAUCAACAAGAACAAAUUAAUAGAGCCAAUGGUGAAGCUCAAUCAAUUCUUUUGAAAUCAGAAGCUACUGCUCAAGCCAUUAAGAAUAUUGCUCAAGCUAUAAGAGAUACUCCUGGUGGUGAACAAGCAGUUAGCUUACAAGUAGCUCAAGAAUAUAUUAAAGAAUUUGGUAAAUUAGCUAAGGAAACUAAUACUGUAGUACUUCCAGCUAAUUUGGGUGAUCUUGGAGGUUUAAUGGCUUCUGGAUUAUCCUUAUACAAGGGCUUAAAUAGUACUGUAGAAUCAACAUCAUCUACUGCUAAUAAAAUUAAAAAAUAGGCGUUAUAUCUAAGAACAAAUGUACAUAUUUUAUCUAUCAAUAUAUAUAUUUAUAUAUAUUUAUAAUUCAUUCAUUCACUUGGCUGCUCUCUUAAAGAACCCAUCUAGUGCUCCCUUGCCUAUGG